AUGACCAUCUCAGGAGAACUAUGGACAUCAUCAGCACCCGAGGCGACUGGGCGACAACUGGUACAGCUCCCGCCCUCUGUCAUAGACGCUCUCGGCAAUGGGGAUCUGAAACCUGCCCGUGACCUAUCCACUCAAGCACUAACGCCUUAUCUCAUCACCGACGAGUGCCGCAGUGUAUGGAGGAUGCGGAGCGCCCAGAUCAAGGUUGACCCUCAAGAAGCUGUUUGGGUGACUCGGAUUGUUGUGGACUCGGACACUGGGGCUAUCCUUGGGCUAGCAGGGUAUCACGGGAAGCCCAAUCUCGACGGUAUGGUCGAGGUUGGUUACGCAAUAGAUCCUUUGUAUCGCCGUCAAGGUCAUGCCCGGGCCGCUCUUAAAAUUCUCCUCGAUGUUGCUUCAAACGACCCGCGCGUUAAAGUGGUCCGGGCUACAGUUCAGCCAGACAACCUCCCCUCCAGAAAGUUGAUUAAUCACUAUGGUUUUCACGAAGUGGGUGAGCAAUGGGAUGAGGAAGACGGCUUAGAGGUAAUCCUGGAAAUCUCUAUUUUGAAAAACAUGUCUUGUCCUGGCUAG